GUAUGUUCUCUGUGAUGGUCUCGAGUGUCACCGGAACUAUCAAGCCAUCAGGAUGGGUCCCAUUGCCUGCACUUGCAUACUCGUGACGUUUUUCGUCCGAACGGUCCUCCCAUCAACUGCUACUCACUGCAACCCUUGGGAAGCCAAACUCUCGAAGUCGAAACCAUCUCUCAUCCUGCAAUCUCCGCAUCCGAUCCUAACCGCCCAAACCCGCAUCAUCCUCCAACUCGAGAUGCUCACGACUCGUUACCCCAGGCUCCCCGCAUUUUCAGCCACGGGCGCUAAACCCAUCACCAAGAACCUAAACCCUCCCUAUGCAUUCCCUCCGCAUUUCUAUCUUAAUAACAAUUUCAACCCUUGAAGAAACAAGACAAGAAAGAAAACUUUUCACGCACCCAUGCCGCCACGAAUACGAGCCUCCCGACGCUAUCGCCUUACUGCAUAUGUAGAUUCCUAAACUAUCCUACGGUAGGUAUCGUAGAGAGCAGAGAACCCUGCCUGCACCACAGUUGCGGCUGCUUCAUCCCCUGGAAUCUUCUUUGCCAGCCAUGGCGCACGCUAUCUCUCACGGUGUCGCUUGUAGAAUCGAGAUUUGCGAGAUUCACGGCUGGCUAUGAGGGUGUGGCUGUGAGAGAUGGACGCUAAUGCAGGACCGGUGAGGUUGCCAUUUUGGGAUGGAGGCGGGAAAGACGUGGGAUGGGAUUUAUAGAGGGGAGGAAAUACGGAAUGGUGAAAUGGAGGGGCCGGGUGCCGUGUGCCA